UGAACCGCUCCUGCUCCUAGGCUAUCCUGGCAGCAUGCAAAAGCCAGGAGUGCUGCUGUGAAGAAAGUGCUGGCUCUGGCAGAGAGCUGGAGACCAAGGCGUGCUGCGGGUUUCCUCCUCAUGCUCUCUGAGGGGUAUUUUUCUUGGCAAAGGGAGGCUUGCUGAAGCUGGGAGAAGACAGCGCUCAUCCAGUGUGGGGAAAAUACAAGGCUCCAGCCAGGAAACCAUGGCGAAAUGCAAUGGGCGAUGCACGCUGGUUGGAUUCUGCUGCCUUCAGCUGAUAGCAGCGCUGGAGAGGCAGAUCUUCGACUUCCUGGGCUAUCAGUGGGUGCCCAUCCUGGCUAAUUUUUUACACAUUAUGGCUGUCAUCCUGGGCAUCUUUGGGACCAUCCAGUACAGAUCCAAAUACCUCAUAAUGUACGCGGCGUGGCUGGUGCUGUGGGUUGGAUGGAACGCAUUCAUCAUCUGCUUUUACCUGGAAGUUGGACACCUGUCACAGGACCGGGACUUCAUCAUGACCUUUAAUACCUCGCUGCACCGCUCGUGGUGGAUGGAGAAUGGGCCCGGCUGCCUGGUGACACCGGUGAUGAACUCAAACCUGGCCCCCGAGGACCAUCACGUCAUCACUGUCACCGGAUGCCUGCUCGAUUACCAGUACAUCGAGGUAGUGAGCAGCGCCAUGCAGAUAUUCCUUGCGCUCUUUGGAUUCGUCUAUGCCUGCUAUGUCAGCAAAGUGUUUAUGGAGGAAGAAGACAGCUUUGACUUCAUCGGAGGAUUCGAUUCCUACGGGUACCAGGCCCCACAGAAGACGUCACACUUACAGCUACAGCCUUUGUACACCCCCCGGGAAGAACAGCAGCACAAGGAGCAGGGAGCACACGCAUGUCCGAACAGCUCCCUCGCCAUGGAAUGAUCCUAAUGCGUCCUUGCACAGAUGAACCAAAAGGCUGGAUGGGGG